AUGCGCACAAAAGCCGAAGUCAUACGGGAACAUUAUGGGGUGGUUCCCAAUAUGAUGGAGGUCUUGACGACCAGGCAUUCCUCUCUUAUGCAGUACAUCGAACCGCCGCUUGACCAGUGGACUACUCUCAAACUUCCGUACGAAGCUCCGGAGCACCCUGGUAUACCCUCAAUGGACGAAAUCGAAAGGGCAUUGCAAGAUAACAGAAUUAGCGCCCGUCAUGGGCUCCGUCCCGUAUGCAGGGUGGGCAAAUGCGUCGUCAAAAUAGCCGACCGAAAUAUCUUACAGGAAGCAGAGAUGUUGCUAUAUCUACAGGAACAUUCCAAAGUCCGGGCGCCCAAGCUGUAUGCCGCGUUUAUCAACCCCACAAACGACCUCUGCUAUAUGGUCAUGGAAUUUAUAGAGGGCGAUACGUUGGACAUGGACAAAUGGUUAGCUCUAGACGACGAGGCGCAGACGAUCAUUUGCUCAAAACUUUCGGAGCAACUCAAACUACUCCGGUCUAUUCCCUGUGAAGGCGAAGGAUACUAUGGCCGGGUGUAUCGCCAAGGCUGGAGUCCCUUGUCUUUUCUACGUAUACGCUACAAAGAAAUGUUGGGCCCCUACAAUACCUUUGACGAUUUUAUCUCGGCUAUGUAUGUUUGUACUGAGCAUGACUUGGCAACUCAAAACCUCGCUGAUGAGUUUUUCCCUGAGGAGGUCGAGUUUCUAUCAAAGUUCAAACAUGUCUUAGGUAAAACCAGAGGCUUCAAGCCUGUACUUACUUUCUUGGACCUGAAGUGGGACAAUUUAAUCGUUCGGCCAAUUAAGGGGGAAGAUGGAGAGGCAAUCAAGGACUGGGAAAUUACUCUGAUUGAUUGGCAUGACUGUGGUUGGCUACCAGCCUUUAUGCAAUUCGCCGCAUUGGAAGCUCGUAUCAUGUUAUUUGGGGAGGAUGAUGCGAAGUUCCGUCAGAGAGUAUAUGCGAACUUUGAAGAGGCGUAUACAUAUACAGAGGAGUUGAAAUUUUUGGAGGACGGUCGCUACCAUGCGAACUACACAUUUAUCUAA